AUGGAGAAAGGAGAAUUAUUUCCACGUCCGAACCUGAAAGUCACAACCCUUCAGCCCACAGAAGGGAACUCUAUAAACCUGAGCUGUGAAACGCAUCUUCCUCCAGAGAGACUGGACACCCCUCUUCAUUUCAUCUUCUUCAGAGAUGACAGAAUCGUCCUGUCAAGUUGGAGCAACUUCUCAGGGCUCCAGAUCCCCACCAUCUGGAGAGAAGACUCGGGAAGGUAUAGAUGUGGGGCUGCAACUGUGACCAGCAGCAUCCAGAAGUUCAGCUCCCCCCAGGAGAUCCUGGUACAGAGGGUCCCUGUGUCUCAGGUCUCCUUGGAGACCCAGCCCCCAGGAGGCCAGGCAAUUGAGGGGGAGAUGCUGGUCCUUGUCUGCUCCGUGGCUGAAGGCACAGGGGUCACCACAUUCUCCUGGCACAGAGAGGACACGACRGAGAGUCUGGGGAGGAAGACGCAGCGUUCCCAGAGAGCAGAGCUGGAGAUCCUAGUUGUCCGGGGGAGCCACGGCGGGGGAUUCUACUGCACAGCCGACAACAGCUACGGCCCCGUGCAGAGCCRGGUGGUGAACGUCACCGUGAGGGUUCCAGUGUCCCGCCCUGUCCUCACCCUCAGGGCUCCCAGGGCCCAGCCUGUGGUGGGGGACGUGAUGGAGCUUCACUGYGAGGCCCUGAGUGGCUCUCCUCCGAUCCUGUACAAGUUUUACCAUGAGGACGUCACCCUGGGCAGCACAGUGGCCCCCUCUGGCGGAGGAGCCUCCUUCAACCUCUCCCUGAUGGAGAAACAUUCUGGAAACUACUCCUGUGAGGCUGAGAAUGACCUGAGGUUCCAGCACAGUGAACUGGUGACUGUCAUCGUCACAGUUCCAGUGUCCCGCCCUGUGCUCACCCUCAGGGCUCCCAGGGCCCAGGCUGUGGUGGGGGACCUGGUCGAGCUUCACUGCGAGGCCCUGAGGGGCUCUCCCCCGAUCCUGUACCAGUUUUAUCUUGAGGACGUCACCCUGGGGAACAGCUCGGCGCCCUCUGAGGGAGGGGCAUCCUUCAACCUCUCCCUGACUGCAGAACAUUCUGGAAACUACUCCUGCGAGGCCGACAAUGGCCUGGGGGCCCAGCGCAGUGAGGCGGUGGCACUUUUCAUCCCAGGGCUAACGGAGAGCCAAAGUGGUCCUGUGGCCCCAGGAGUCACUGGGGGGCUGCUGGGGACGGUGGUCCUGGCUGCUGGCGCUCUGCUCUUCUACCAUUGGCUUUCGAGGAAASCAGGGGGACGGACCGCCUCUGACCCCUCCAGGCGCUCUUCAGACUCCAACCCCCAGGAUCCCACCUACCACAAUGUGCCAGAAUGGAUAGAGCUGCAGCCGGUGUACAUGAACGCGGCCUCUGCACACAGCCUCAGCCAUCAGACGGACUCCUCUGUCAUCUACGCCAAGGUGAAGAAGGCACACACCCCAGCCUCCGGGCCCCACCAGCUGGCCUCCCCAGCUCCUCACAGAUGA